GAGAGAUGAUAGGCCUAUCAUCUCGUGCAACACUUUGUUCGUCCUCAAAAAAUGCUUCGAGUGGCAUCGUGACGAGUUAACAGUGAUCCGCAAAUUGGCACAUUACGUCUUUCGAUGGUUAAACAUUCUAUGUCCCUUUCAUUCCGAGUCUUCGCGGUGCAAAAUUCGUGCAUUGGCAACAUAAAUUAGCACCAUAAUGAAUAUCAGACCAGGACAGAGUGUAUGCCUAUCAUCCCAAAGUCCCUCUCUAACCAUAUCGACCCAGGCGCACCUCCAUUUGUUUUCGGGGAAGUGUUUGACGUCCCUCGACUCAGUCAAGCCAUAGGGAAUCACUUGCUUCAAUGGCACGAAGUGAAGGAUGCAGAAAGUCAGGUUCUUGAUUAUCUUGGCUGUUGGACUGUCUGGGAAACCGUUCAACAGCACAUCGAGGUUCCUGAACCACGACAAAGUCCCUCCCUGAACCUGCUCAAGCUCGCUGAUGGGCCAUGGCAUCUCCUAACGUGCACCACAAUCAUUGAUCAUGCAUCCUUUUGGUCUCUCGCAUCACUCGGGUUUCCAGAAAGUCGCUCAAACAGCCUCGAAUUAUCUUCAACGAAUCGUCCUUCUCCUUUGCACCAGGUUUCCCUUCCUCCGGACGAUCACGUAUUAUGCUUCGAUUUCCUUUACUACAUAAGCGCGCAUCAUACUACAUGGGAAUAG